UCAGAACAAAACAAAACAAAAAUGAUUAAUCAAUUAACGAAGAACGAGUUAAUCGGAUUAUUUACAUCCAUUGCCCUUCUCAUAUACGUUACAUGUCUCUUCCACACCAAACGAUGUCGUACGAGACUACCUCCGGGACCAAAUCCCUGGCCAGUGAUCGGCAACAUGUUCCAGCUCGCCGGGUCACCGCCACACGACUCAUUAACUAAACUUUCACGGCGUCACGGGCCAAUCAUGUCUUUGCGGAUCGGGUCAAUGCUGACGGUUGUGAUCUCUUCGAGUGAAGUGGCUCGGGAGAUUUUCAAGAAGCACGACGCAGCUUUGGCCGGCCGGAAAAUCUACGAGGCAAUGAAAGGAGGGAAGAGUAGUGUCGGCUCGCUCAUCACGGCUCAAUACGGUGCGUAUUGGCGGAUGCUGCGGCGGCUCUGCACCACUCAGUUCUUUGUCACGCGCCGUCUUGAUGCUAUGAGUGAUGUACGCUCUAGGUGUGUUGAUCAGAUGCUUCGGUUCGUCGAGGAAGGUGGCCAAAACGGUACAAAAACAAUCGACGUGGGGAGAUAUUUCUUCUUGAUGGCGUUUAAUCUCAUAGGAAACCUCAUGUUCUCGAGAGAUUUGCUCGAUCCCGAUUCAAAAAGAGGCUCCGAGUUCUUUUACCACACUGGAAAAGUGAUGGAGUUCGCCGGAAAGCCCAACGUUGCCGAUUUCUUCCCUUUACUAAGGUUUCUUGACCCUCAAGGAAUCAGAAGAAAAACGCAAUUCCACGUGGAAAAAGCGUUUGAGAUCGCCGGAGAGUUCAUCAGAGAACGAACGGAAGUUAGGGAGAAAGAAAAGAGCGACGAGAAGACGAAAGAUUACUUAGAUGUUCUUUUGGAGUUUCGUGGUGGGGAUGGAGUCGACGAAGAACCUUCUAGCUUCUCAUCAAGAGAUAUCAACGUUAUUGUUUUUGAUUACGAGUUCUUGCCGUUCGGAUCAGGUCGACGGAUGUGUCCAGCUUUGCCUUUGGCAUCACGGGUCUUACCGUUAGCCAUUGGGUCAAUGGUGAGAUCGUUUGAUUGGGCUUUAGCAAAUGGGCUUAAUGCAGAAGAAAUGGAUAUGGGAGAAAGGAUCGGUAUUACAUUGAAAAAGGCUGUUCCUUUGGAAGCCAUUCCCAUUCCUUAUCGAGGGACCUAGAUUUGUUUUCUCUAUUUGUUUUCUUUACAUGCAUGUGUACAGUGUACUUGGACACUUAAAUCACCAAAGCAAUCCAAUAUGUAUGUAUAAUGUUAAUGUAUACCAAAAAAGAAAAUCUCAAAUGUGAC